AUGGAUCCCAAACUGCAUGGAGCUUUAAUAACAGGUGACGAGGAUGCCUUACAUGAAUUCACAUCGGAAUCGGAUUCAGAUUCAGCCUUUUUGCAGGUGACAACCGAGAAAGACAACGUUCUUCACCUUGCUGCCAAAUAUAAUCAGAAUCGUAUGGCCGAAGAGAUGAUUACUAAGUUUCCGACAUUGGUGUCGCUGGUGAAUCAAAAGAACUCCAAAGGCGACACUCCAUUGCACGUUGCAGCGAGGUCGGGGAGUUUCGAAACAGCUCAAAUACUAGUAAACUGUGCAAACAGUGGGGAAAUCGAAGCCGGCCAAAGGGCUACAAGGAUAGUGAACAGGGUGAACGAUACUGCACUUCAUGAUGCUGCAAGAAAUGGGCAUCUUCCGAUUGCGGAAUUGUUGAUUAGAGGAGACCCUGAGUUACCUGAUUUGACAAAUGAGGCUGGAGAAUCCCCUCUCUUCAUUGCUGUGGAUAAAAAACAUGUUGAUAUCGCUGAAAUUAUCUUACAAGUUGCUCGAGUUUUCUCUUUUGCAGGGAGAAAUAGCAUGAAUGUUUUACAUGCAGCUGUUAUUCGAUCGCAGGACGAAGUUCUGAGAAUAUCUUCGUACAUGGUGAAGCUUCAGAGUCCAAUGAAUUACCUUACCAAUAUGUCAUUCAAGCACUCUUUCAAGUUCUCUUCCUUUGGACCUUCCGCCCUCAUUCAGGCUGCCUCCCAAAACCAAACUUAUAGAGAUUUUGUCGUAAAAUUGACGAAAACACGUCGGUCGGCACUCUCCGAAACUGAUAAAUUCGGAUGGACACCAAUACACUACACAGCCCACUUCGGUGCCGUCGACAUUUUCAAGGUGUUUUUAGACCACAUCGAUUCUUCAACCGCUCGUAAAAGAGAUAAACAAGGAAUGACCGUAAUUCACAUUGCUGCAAGAGAAGGCGAAGUCACCAUACUAAAAGAGCUGGCAUAUAAUUUUCCGGAAAUCUGGGAUUUACAAGAUAAUAAAGGCCAAACAGCUUUUCACCUUGCGGUUGAAAGAGGGAAACUCGAUUGUGUAAAGUUUAUUCUUGCCACUAAGCUUUCGCAUUAUGGGCUUAUAAACCAGAAGGACAAUGAAGAUUGUAGGGUGGACAAGUCAGCUAGAAACAUAGAGGGUUUCACUGUCAUCGACAUUAUUUUGUUGAAGGAGUAUGGUUACUUUGAAAAGACUUGGAUUACAAUGAGUGUUGCAAGCAAUGGAGGUCUAGAAAGCUUAGAACAUGCAAUCAACAAGGACGGAAGAAAAACAAGAUCUACUGAGUCGACGACAACAAAUCAAGAACAACCACAAACAACAUGGUUCCCUGUCGCCAUUGAAGCCCAACCACAACUUAUUCCCAACAAAAGACCCGAACCUGCAGCGAUGAAGAAACCAAGCUCCGAUCAACUCCAUACCAUCGCCAGCAUAAACUUACUGGUGACAACACUAAUCGCCACCAUCUCAUUCGCCGCGGGUUUCACCAUGCCUGGUGGGUACAAAAGCGACGGCCCCGAGGAAGGAAUGGCGAUUUUAAGCAGAAAAUUGGCUUUUAGAGUGUUUGUGAUAGCUAAUGCGUUGGCCUUUUGCUUCUCGUCCACAUCGAUGUUCCUCCAUUACUGCAAAUCGUUUGUGGAAAAACUCGACGCCCAUGCAUUUUAUACGUAUAUUACUUCGUUGUUAACGAGUUAUGGGAUUACUGCAAUGGUGAUAGCUUUUGUUUCAGGCACUUAUGCAGCAUUGUCUGAUUCUCCUGGACUUGCUAAAGCUGUUCUUUCCAUUGGGCGUUCAUUCUUUGGGCUUCAACUUCUUUAUGAGCAAAGUGUGCGCUUCGAGGAUGGUCUUAGAGAUGACCUCAGGGUGUUGAUCGCUCCGCAGAAGGAGCGAGACUUCGCGGUCUUGGUGGAGAAGGCAAGGAUCGCUGAGGAGGCUAAGCGUGCUGAAAAGCAAAAUCGAGGGAAGGAUCGGAACCAUUUCUGGAGGGAUUCAGGACCCUCGGAUGGUGCAAAUAGGAUUAUUAAUAGAGCAAGAGUGGAGAAACCAGUUUGA